AUGGCCUGGCUCCACCCUUCGUUCGUCAAUGCCAUCUUUCCACAAACUUAUUUCCAGCCGUUCAUCAUGUACGGUCCAGCGCCCCAUCGUCCCUCCAAAACUGGGGCCAGACGGUCCAAGUCGGGAUGCGUCUCAUGCAGGAAGAAAAGGCGAAAGUGUGAUGAGUCCAAACCGAGAUGUAACAGGUGCCUCAGUGCCAACAUUGAGUGCUCCUACAACACCAGGGUUGAGUUUCGCGAUGCAACUGUUUGGGCAGCACAGAAGGUCAAGCGGAGGAUCAUUCACGGCCCAAAAGAGCACGGAUCCCCUACUCCCCCAGAGAGCCAGAAUCGCCAUUGGCCCCGCUUCCAACCAUCCCCUCCAUCUGAGUGUGACAUGGUCAACAAUAAUGACAUACCGGCUUCUGCUGGGGAAGUCACAGACUCUCCCAAUAAUCAUGUCGAGGGUAACGAUGUGCAUCAGAAACAAGAUACCGACCUGGACGGACACGUCGCAUCGGACGAUAUCCACAAGAGACAGCCAGAUCGUGGGCAAACUGUUCAGCCAGCAGAGCUUACUCCAAGCGAUAGACCGCUACUAGGCCUCACGUCGCCGUCUACAGAUACAGAUAUUGCUGCUUGGAUGCCGACUGGCGUCAUUAGUUCCUCGUGGGACGACUAUGUGUCCAGCGACAUGUUGACAGGCGAUAUGCUCCAAUAUAUGCCCGAUCAGGGAGCUCUGGAUAUAAAUCUGGAGCCUUGUUAUAACGAGAUGUGGUGUAGUCUUAUGGAGUCUCCUUCUCGCGUCGAACCUGAUUCAACAGCUUCCAUUCCUUCGACGUCGACCUUUGAAUCCGCUACUGGGCAGGAGGGUCAAUUGGACAGCGUUAACUCGCCAUCCGACGCCGUGACUAAAACAUCGGUCCCCAUUCUUAAGCAAACUAUCUGGACUGCCCCAUUGCCGAGCUCCAUGCCGAAUAUUCCAGUCAGAGACCGCGUGUAUCUCGCCCACUUCAUGUCGCAGAUGAUCGACUUGAUACCUGGCCUCAAAUACCUGGGGAAGAUAGCCAUCCAAUCAGAACCAAUCCGUUUGUGCGCAAAUGCCCUGGCUGCUGCAAACCUCGCCAAUCGCGGUGGUAGAUUCUCCAAAGAUGAAGCUGGCCGCUGGGUCCCCAUGCAAACCCACUACGGCAGAGCGCUGAGCUUUGCAUCCAGGAGCAUGGACGCAAUCCAGAGUAGCCCGGGAAUCUUUCCAGGCUGCCGUAUCGUCAUGUUAAUUUUGAUGCUAUGCUACCAGCUUGAACUAGGCUGCAUUGGAGAGAUAUAUCACGCACUAUCUGUACUUGAUUCCGCUGUUUUCAGUAAUAGAGAUGCAAUUCUCUCGCUGGAAUUUGGCCCUGGCUUGGUUCAAUCCUGGCUGGGCCUUCGGUCCCUCUGUGAGGGGACGCUUCAGCCUCUUGCGUUAUUUAGAGGAGAGUCUCAAACAGAGCAUGAAGUGUCAGAGCUACAAGAUCUGACUACUGGGACAUCGCAAGCGUUUGGAAUAAUAGCUGCCAAAGCCUAUCGGAUCAGUCGUCGCAUUUUGCUCUUCAGAUGCACGGGCGAUAAUGAGAAAUCACCAUCGACCAUAGCGAGCAGGUUCAGUCAGUGGUGGUCGAUUAUCAAGUGUCAGGAAGCUGACGACAUAACCGGGACACAUGAUUUAGGGAGUCAUCUGUCUGAGGACAAACUCUUUUGCGAACUUGCACGCCUGAGAGACGCACUGGAUAUCUCAGAGGUACCUACAGGCCUUCCUCUCAACUUCGACCCUUCGGUGCCUGCUUCAUGCACCACAACCCCAGAGCCUCUGUAUCUGGCUGACCAUGAGCAAGCCAUGGAGCUGGCGGAUUAUGCUUCAGCACAGAUUGUCUGCGAUGAGAGUAACAUACAGACCCUCGGAUCUCCCGCAUUCCAGCGGAGCCCGUCUCGUAAUCCGUGGCUUCAUCUGCUACUCCGCAUCGCAGCUGGCUUGGACGUGGAGAAGUGCUUAACUCGCAACAGGUAUCGCCAGGGGAUCUGCAACUCCUUGCAGUGUGCCGUAUUUCUUCUGCAGGACUUGGAGGCCGCGUACUUUCUCAGUGGCCUGUUACAGCGACUCAUGGAUGUAGGCGGGUCCUAUGAGGAUUGUUUCACUCCUCUAAACCUGUUGUCACAGUGCAACAAGUUGUUUUGCCAAGAGCUGAUGAAGGGACGGACUGUCUUUAUGUUGUGCCCUACGUAUAACGCCUGGACUGCGAAGGAUGUUCUCUUUUCCAGGGGAGAUCAUGAAUGCUUUAUUAUAUUUGGUCGGGAUGCUGAUGGACUGUAUCUGAAGGACAUGGUGGAGCUAGAGGAAUCUCCUACUGGUAAUUUAGACAUUCUAUAG